ACUUUAAUCAGCUAAAUGUGUGGUUGAAACAAUUUUGUGACUUUGUUCAUAACUUUAUUUUAGGACAUUUUGAAUUCUAUUUCCUUUCAAGAAGUCCGGGAAUACAUGUUUAAUCUCUUCAUAGCUUUGAGGCGGAUUCAUCAGUUUGGUAUUGUUCACCGCGAUGUGAAGCCCAGCAAUUUCCUGUAUAACAGACGCCUGAGAAAGUAUGCCUUGGUGGACUUUGGUUUGGCCCAAGGAACCCGUGACACAAAAAUAGAGCUUCUUAGGUUUGUCCCAUCUGAAGCUCAGCAGAAAGGUUAUGCAAGAAACAAGUAUCACGGUAUCAUCGGGUACACAGGCUCGCUGAGUUGCCCAGCAUCUAAGAAUCUGGACCAGCAGUGUGCCACAAAAACUUCUGUCAAAAGACCCUACAUAAACGCACAGAUUCACAUCAAGCAAGAAAGAGAUGGAAAGGAGGGAUCUGUAGGCCUUUCUGUCCAGCGCUCUGUUUUUGGAGAAAGAAAUUUCAAUAUACACAGCUCCAUUUCACAUGAGAGCCCUGCAGAGAAACUCAUGAAGCUAUCAAAGACUGUGGACAUAAUAUCAAGAAAAGAAGCAACAAAAAACACAGCCAUUUCUACAAUAACUAUGAAUAGCCUGGUUAGAGAAACUGCCAGUUCUUGCAUGGCUGCCAUGACGUGCGACUGCUAUGGAACAGACAAAGUCUGCAGCGUUUGCCUGUCCAGGCGGCAGCAGGUUGCCCCAAGAGCAGGCACACCAGGAUUCAGAGCACCAGAGGUCCUGACAAAGUGUCCUAACCAGACUACAGCGAUUGACAUGUGGUCUGCAGGUGUCAUAUUCCUUUCCUUGCUCAGUGGACGGUAUCCAUUUUACAAGGCCAGUGAUGACUUAACUGCUUUGGCUCAAAUCAUGACAAUUCGAGGAUCCAGGGAAACUGUCCAGGCUGCUAAAGCUUUCGGCAAAUCAAUUUUGUGUAGCAAAGAAGUUCCAGCACAAGAUUUGAGGAAGCUGUGUGAGAGACUAAGGGGUCUAGACUCUACUGCUCCCAAGUUAGCAGUUGAUCCACCAGAGGACACUGACUGUAAAGCUUCCCAUGUACAGACUUCCGAAGCACAACGCUCAGAUGAGCCCUUGUGUGCAGGGGACAGUGGUGGCUGUCAGAGUCCUCACAGGGACUGUACUACCAGUCCGGAAGGCUGGGACGCGGUACCUGAUGAAGCCUAUGACCUGCUUGAUAAGCUUAUGGAUCUAAACCCAGCUUCAAGAAUAACCGCAGAAGCAGCCUUACUGCACCCGUUCUUUAAGGACAUGAGCCCCUGAAUCAGCUCUGCAUCUACUGCUGCUAUUGUGAGCGUACUCUGCAAGCAGAUAACCUUACGAAGUCCCAG